CGAACAGCCCAUUCACGGAUGUUUCCCAAAAAACAUUCCUUCUCGUAUUCCUAUUUAUAUGUCGGAAUUCCAAUUGGAAUCAAGGGCCGCAUUGGAAAUGUAUUGUCGGUGGACAGUCCUAGCCCGGCGUGGUUUGACAUUCGCUCGGCGGACUAUCUCGAUCGAAGCACUUCCCAGCAGACUCUAGGAGAGAAGCUGAAACAAUAUUUGCAAACGCAGGGAGUCGAUGAACGGGACUAUGAAUUUGCAUAUCUGGUUACGGCACCGCGGUUCUUGGGCUACAGCUUUAACCCCGUCUCGUUCUGGUACCUUUACGACGAAGACACCAACCUCAAAUAUAUGGUUCUGGAGGUGAACAACACGUUUGACGAGCGACGUAUGUAUCUUCUGAAGGCCGGACGAGGAGCAGCAGCUCUCGAUGACUUCGACGUGGGGGAAACAAAGGGCGACCAAUCCUCAACCAAGACGGUCGUCUUCACCAACAGCUGGUCCAAGGACUUCCAUGUAUCACCCUUCAACAGCCGCAACGGCUCCUACUCCCUCCGCGCCGUCGACCCUCUAGCAUCCCUCGAACGCACCGGCCGCGUCCAAAUCGACAAUACGAUCGUGCUGAAAUCCUCCGAAAACCACCCGAAGAUCAUCGCCCGCGUCUUCUCCACCGACGCGCCCCUCGAACCGACCACCAUAACCGCCCUCCAACUGUCCCGGUUCAUCGCGACAUGGUGGUGGGUCGGUCUGGCCACACUCCCCCGAAUCCUCUGGGAAGCGCAGAAGCUCUUCUUCCGACGGAAACUCGAAAUCUUCUACCGACCGGAAGUCACCAGCAGCAGCAUCGGGCGACCCUACACAGACGAAGAAUGGGAUCUGGAAGAAUUCUUCCGCGCCUUCCUGAUCCACACCGUCGAGACCUCCCGCGAACCGCUCCGCGUCAUCUACGAGCCCGCGCACAACGCCCACCGCGAGAUCGUCCUCUACAGCCCGACAUACUCCACCUCCCUCUCCUCUUCUUCCUCCUCCUCUUCCCCCAGCAACAAUAAAUCCCGCCACAACAACAACAACGCCAACAACAACCAACCCAAACCCUCCCGCGCCCACGUCCUGGACCACACCCUCACGAUCAAAAUCCUCACCCCGGCCUUCUACACCCGCCUCCUGCACCACCCCAGCAUCGGCUCCGCCUUCGAAGCCGAAGGGUCGUCGCCCGCCACGCACGAGAAAGCCCGCACGGCGCUCUUCAGCAGCGGCGGCGGCGGCGGCCCGGGGCCGCAGAGCAUGGAGAUAUUCCUCCGCGCGGUCCGCGACGCGGACGUCCAGCUCCAACUCCGUCACCCGCGCACGGGCUGGCUGGAGAGUCUCCGGUGGGGGAUCCUGAAGGGCUUGAGAUGCCCGCCCGCGAAGCCGGCGUAUCCUCGGCCCGAGGAGGAGGAGGAGGGAGAGGAGGACGAAGCGGAUGUCGCCUCUGCUGCUGCUGCUGCUGCCGCCGCCGCUUCCGGCGAUGUCGCUCCUGCCCCCCCGUCGUUCUCCGAACUCGACCGUUUCAUGCAACACUCCCCCGGCAAUCUCGACGCUAGCUCCCGGAAGGCCUACCUCAGCCUCGCGACGAAGCUGUUCCUCGCCGAGCGCUACGCCGGCGGCCUGCCCGCCGUCAUCGACCUGCUCGACGCCCUCCUGCGC